UGCGAGCGAGCAAGAGCUGCGCGCUGCGUCCCUCCGAGAUGGCAGCUCAGGAGGAGUCUGUCAGGGAGUUUGUGGCUGUGACCGAUGUGGACGAAGGGAGAGCCCGUUUCUUCCUGGAGUCCGCAGGCUGGGACCUGCAGGUGGCUCUGGCCAACUUCUAUGAGGACGGCGGAGACGAGGACGUCCCCACGUUUCAGCAGCCGGAAACCCCGCCGACGUCCCGCCCCGCAGCACCGAGCCAGCCCAGGGUGACGUCCUUCUGGGACCUGGUGCACGAGGAGCAGCAGCAGCACAGCGACGAGGACGAGGGACAGAGGUUCUACGCCGGGGGUUCGGAACGCAGCGGCCAGCAGAUUGUAGGCCCCCCCAAGAAGAAGAGCUCCCAUGAGGUAGUGGAGGAGCUGUUCAGGGGGGCCAAGGAGCAUGGCGCUGUGCCAGUGGACAGGGCUGGCAAGGGCUUCGGGGAACCUAGCAAGCCCUUUGUGGGUGGCGGCUACCGACUGGGUGCCACCACUGAGGAGCGAUCAACUUAUGUGGCUGGAGAGAGGCGGAGCUCGAACAGUAAGCAGGAGGUGCAGGUGGUGCUGAAGCUCUGGAAGUUGGGAUUCAGCCUCGACGACGGUGACCUCAGGAAGUACACGGACCCCGAGAACGCUGACUUCCUGGAGACGAUUCGCCGAGGAGAGAUCCCGCUGGAGCUCAGGCAGCUGGCCUCGGGGGGCCACGUCAACCUGGACAUGGAGGACCACCGGGACGAGGAGUUCUGCAAACCCAAGGCUGCGUUCAAGGCCUUUGGGGGGGAAGGCCAGAAGCUUGGCAGCGCCGCUGCUCACUUUGUGUCCUUGGCCAGCCUGUCGGGGGACGCUGACGCACAGGAGGCCAGUGAGGCUCAGGCUCGUAGUGCCAUGCGCCUGGACGACACGCAGCCCGUCACCAGCAUCCAGUUGCGACUCGCUGACGGCGGGCGUCUGGUGCAGAAGUUCAACCACACCCAUAGGAUAUCGGACGUGCGGCAGUUUGUGGCGGCGGCGCGACCCGCUAUGGCCUCCGUGGAGUUCGUUCUCAUGACCACGUUUCCCAACAAGGAGCUGAUGGACGAGAGCUUGACGUUGAAGGAGGCCAACCUGCUCAACGCCGUCAUCGUGCAGCAGCUGAAGUGACGGCUCCCCCUGCUGGACGGGGUGCACUUCUGCUGGACAACAUGUGGACUCUUCAUACCUCUGUGGUGUGAUGUUUUACACCUUAACCAAUAAUGGCAAAUGACAACCCCUCCCCCUGAUCUAUAAGCCUGAAGGGGAGGGGGUGGAGUGGGAAAUUCAGUGGGUUUCUGAAUACACUAUUAUUGAAAAGAAACAUGUAUAAUAAAGUUUUUUUUUUUUUUU